GGCGCCAUCUGCGACUAUGGCGGUAAAGACAAGAUGGACUUCCUUCUCUUGGCCCACGGCGCAGGCGUGCGCAACAUUGAAAUGGAGUCAUUGCAGUUCGCUGCGUUCACACACCGAUUGCAUAUCCCCGCGGCCAUGGUGGCUGUCGCGCUAUUGAACCGUUUGGAAGGAGAUCAGGUGCCAGCGGAUGCCGCCACCUUGCAGGAAUACAGUGCCAGGCCACAGAGGCUACUGGCGACCUUCUUGAAUAGAACUCUGCCGUUCCAAAUAUCCGUACCGAACUUUUACUAGGCGCUAGCGAAGAUCAGAACUACGAGCAAUAUAAAUUAGUUUUGCAAACGGAGAACCAGAACUACGAGCAAUAUAAAUUA